UGCCUUUGUCGAACACAAAUGCAUCGAAUCGCCUUUUUCAUCUCUCACAUCUGUUCUCAUCCUUAAAAGGGCUUCUCUUUUCUAUAUGACAACUCAAGAGCGACAGGGCCAAAAUCGUACCCUUGAAUGGGAUGAGAUCGCACCUCUUACAGACCUUCAGCGACAGAGUGUGUUUGACCUUCAGGAUGCUUGUGCUGAGCUACCUUUACCUGCUAAUCUUGCGAUCACACACAGUUCCCCACUGCCUUCCAAUAGAUCCAAUGCUGACCUUGUAGGGCUAGCCAAGCAAUAUCCGCUUCAUUCUUCUCCAUUUCUGCAGCCAACAGUAGAAACAACCAACAUGACAGGGGCUACACUUCCUAAAUCGCGAUUAGGAAGCUCCACUAAUGUCGAUGGGACCGCUAUAGAGGAUUAUGCUUUUGCGACAACAAUAGAGCCCAUUGAGACAACACAACAGUUCCUGGAUUGGUUUUCAACGAUCGAAGUCGAUAUGGAGCGAGAACAGGAGGAUGUCUAUCGGAACUAUUUGACAGUUGUGAUCUUGUAUAAAGAAGCAUGCGACGUGUUCUUGAAGCAGAUUGACGAGACAUCAGAAUGUUUCAAGAGUUUAGAGGGCCAUUAUGCAUUUGUUGAGGAAAAGACAAGAGCACUGCAGCUGGCAUGCGAAAAGCUAUUACAGGAACAGACAAAUCUACAAACAUUAGCGGAUCUGAUGGCCUCAAAGCUGUCUUACUUUCACCAAUUGGAAGCUGUGACAAGGCUAUUUAAUACACCAGGGGAUGAUGUUUGUCUUCAUCCAGAGUUUGUCCCUAUGUUAAGUAAAUUGGAUGAAUGUCUAGAUUAUGUGCAACAAAACCUGAAAUAUAAAGAUUCUGAGCUUUAUCAGAUGCGGUUCAGACAAUGCAUGACACGUGGCAUGACCUUGAUCAAAAUGUGUCUUAUUACAAAGUUGAGAGCCUUGAGUGCAGAGGUCGCCUCCAAGAGACCUGUGCUUGCUAAAGGCGAAACGAUGAAGCCUGCUAUCUCCACAAAUUUAUUUUAUGUCAAGUUCAAAGCCAUUGCUCCACCCCUUCGCCAUCUUGUCGCAGAGCUCGAAAAACGAUGUGCUCACCACAAAGAGUAUAAUUCUCUCCUGGAAGAUUGCUACAACACUUAUUUUUCAAUUCGUCAACAGCUUCUCUCUCCUAUGAUUAUAGCUGAAAUUCAGUCGAUGGGGCCUAGUCAACAGGACAAACUAGGAUUUGCAAGAAAUGGAUUGGCAUACCUCACAUCUGUUUGCAUGGAUGAAUACUCUCUCUUUUACAAUUUCUUCAAUACCGGCGAAUCUGAACUUUAUGGGUACCUUGAUUCCUUAAUCGGAUAUCUAUAUGACUAUUUACGGCCAAGAAUCAUCCAUGAAAAUAAGAUUGAUAUUUUAUCAGAACUAUGUGUUAUUAUGAAUAUCCAACAGUCAAACAUCCCAAUUGAUGAAAAUUCUCACUUGGCUUUUGGAUAUUUGAUCCGCAAUAUGCUUCAGGAUGCCCAACAGAGACUUGUUUAUCGAGCACAGGCGUUUAUUCGCUCAGAGAUUCAAGGAUACAAGCCCUCACCAAAUGUUUUGGACUAUCCAGCACGUCUUCAAGCGGCCCCACCGUUGCCUGCUGGCGGCUCAGAUGGUCCCUCAAGACCAGCUUCCUCCCAGCAUAUUUAUAGACCAUCUGACACCGAGAGUAUUGCGGAAUCUAUACCAGAGAUAUCAUCUCCAACACCCUCACUAGCCAGUAGCAUCACUGGAGGAUACUUUUCAUCUCCGACUAUCCAACAGUUUGAUGAAUCUGCCACCAUGUACCAAGGGUGGUAUCCAACCCUUCAAAAGACUCUUUGGCUGUUGACGAAGAUCUACAAGUGCGUAGAUCAAAGUAUCUUCGAUGACCUGUCUCAGGAAGCCCUAUCUAAAUGCUUAGCCUCUUUAAACCAUGCAUCGACCAUGAUCAAGGAAACCAAGGGUGGGGAUCCAGUAGAUGGACUAUUGUUUUUGAUUAAACACCUGUUGAUCCUCAAAGAACAGAUUGCGCCUUUCGAGGGUAACUUUGUUCAUUCAACUAAAGAAGUGGACUUCUCAAGGGUGACGGAUGCAAUCACAGCCUUGUUUCGAGAUCGAUCGAAUUUGCUCAGUUUUGGAUCCUGGUUUGGAGCAGUUUCUCAAACGAUCACACCAACAUUAGUGGAUAGUUAUUUGGACGCAAGACAAGAGAUCGAUCGAGAUCUCAAAAUGGUCUGUGAGACAUUUAUCUUGGAAAUGGGUAAAUCGGCUGUACAUUCAUUAGCAGAAUUUAUGAACAAGGUUGCAGGAUUCAGAAUUCGUGCGGAUGUAGAGGCAACAGCAGCGCAACAGAACUCAUCUACAUCAUUGCGACGACCUCCUAUGUCAUUAAAAGAUAAGCCAUUUGCUCGGAUUGAAGAGUUGAACCGAAUCAUGACAGACUUUAAAGAAACGAUCCCUCCAAGGAUCCAAUGGACAAUCAGGAAACUAUCAAUGUAUUUGAAAGAUCCCGACACUGAGAUGAUUUUAAUGCGUCCAAUCCAGUCCUUUAUCAUCGAAUCAUACCAAUCGUUCUAUGAUACUAUCUUGUUCGAGUAUGACCCUGCAUUGACACUCAAGGCAUCCCAACAAGGUCCUAACGGACAUCGUAAUAUUCAGCACGCUGGUAUCCAGCAACUUGAACCCAUCGAAAGUAUUGUUCACUGGGUGAGCGAGUUGGUACGGUUUGAGAUAAAGAAGAACAACCCAGAUUUUAUAAUGCAGUCCUAGUCGAAUGGUCAUAAAUUAAUAUAUCAUGA